AUGCUCACAGUUCGAUUAUUAUUUGCCCCCACCACGCUCCUCGUCACCACAGUUAUUGCCAACUGGCAACGGGGGAGUCUCGUGAAUCGCUAUCGGGACCGCAGGGAUUGUCACGACGCUGAUGAACUCGAACGAGCAAUCGCCAGAAGACGUUGGGUGUACCAAAGUCAUCUUUAUGCAAAGCAUCAUGAUGUCGCGUCUUACUCAUUCGCCCGGUAUCGUCCUUACUACCCCAGUCCAGUUUGCAGCAUCUCCAGACACGAUAAGUCGAGCCACCAUCUUUCUCCGUCGUGUCGAACUGCGCGUCUGGAAAACCUUGAUGUUGAGUCCCUAACGAUGUUCAUCAUUUCUCUCGUGAAAUCAAUAGACAUACGAGCUGAAUCUGCCGUCAAACUUCUCUCCGAGUUCCUAGACCUAGACACUCCUUAUAUCGAGGGCCAGAGGUACCCGAACGCCGAACAUUUUGCACAUCGUCAGUAG